AUGGAGCGCCGCCACGACCACGGCGGCGGCGACGUCGCUGUCGCGGGCGUGCCCGGGAACCCGCAGCUGCAGCGCUUAUACUAUGCCAUCGUGGGCGCUGUUGUUGCCGCCGCCGCUCUGGCGAAUCUCAUGAACAAGAUCAUUGCUGCGCAACGAUUCUCCGACCGUACCGCAACCCCCUCGAAGCCCAAGUCGCUCUUCUUCAAAACCUAUGCCACGCUUACGGCCACCGCCAGAGAAUUCAUCUAUGCCAUUCCAGCCGGCGUGGUGCUGGGGAAAGUCAGGCUCAGCCUCCCGCCGCUGGGCGGACUGGCCAUGGUACUGGCCAACCUCGCCGUGGUGAUGGUGCUUUGCUUCUACAAGCUGAACACUCUAGAUCAAUGGAGCUGGGAAACGAUCGGCUACCGGACUGGUUCCGUGGCACUAGCCCAGAUGCCGCUGAUUUUUCUCCUCGCUGCGAAGACCAAUAUCAUCGCCUUCUUUGCCGGUUCCAGCUAUGAACGCCUGAACUGGCUGCAUCGGUGGACUGCCAGGACACUAUGGCUCACCACCACCAUUCACAUGUGCUUCUGGUUCCGCAGCUGGGGCAGAUAUAACUACAUUCUGGUCAAGCUGAAGUCGGACGCCAUCAGCCAGAGAGGACUAGUGGCGUGGUGCAUUCUAUCGCUUAUCGUCAUUCUGUCAAUAGCUCCCCUGCGCCGCUGGAACUAUGAGAUAUUCGUCGUCUCACAUAUCCUUACCUUCCUCGGCUUUCUCGUGGCCGUUUGGUAUCAUUCUCCGCCCGGCCUCAGGAUGUGGGUAUGGAUUCCGAUUGCCCUAGUGGUAUUCGAUCGCGUAAUGAGAGUCGUCUUCAUGGCCAUUGCAAACCUUCCUCUGUUCUCUCGCCGCCAACAAGAGGCACCUACCGGCCCAAGGGCGAAGGUGGGGAACAGUGCUACCUUUACUCCAUUGCCCGGAGGCGUUACGCGAAUCACGAUUCAAGAUCCGAUCGUUUCGUGGAAACCUGGACAACACGUCUUUCUCUCCUGCCAUUCUCUCUUACCACUUCAAAGCCACCCGUUUACGAUUGCUUCUAUCCCGUCCGAUAAAAGGAUGGAAUUCAUAGUGCGUGCCGAAAAAGGAGCUACGAAAAAGAUGUUCUCCUAUGCGUCCAAUAAUAGUGUUGCUAAAACCGUGACGAUCGAUGGUCCAUAUGGAAGGAUACGCCCGUUACGACAAUUCGAUAGCGUCGUGUUUAUUGCUGGGGGCAUGGGAGCCACCUUUACCAUGCCCCUAGUACGUGAUAUCGUCGAAGGAUGGAAAACUGAAAUCCGCGACUCAAAAACAUCUGAAUCCAAAGCUCUUUCCCGUUCGAACUUUGCGUUAACAAAACGAAUCCGGUUUGUCUGGGUUAUCCGGGCGUAUGCGCAGCUGGAGUGGUUUACGGAUCAACUGCAAGAAUUAAUCCGGGAUUUUGACGACUGCGCCGACAUCAAUCCUAUGUUCGGUGAAACAAGGAGCCUUGAGAUCAGUGUAUAUGUUACGUGUGACGCCAACUUAUACCCUGAGGCGAUCCGCCCUGGAUCCUCGUCAUCCAUCGGAUCAGCGCUCGACCAGGAUGCGACACUGACCUCACGGGAAAAACAAGCUAUUCUUGAAACAAUCCCACUGACCCCGAUUAUCAUCCCGGACAAAAGCAUCCCGUCGCCAUUUGAGCGCGAGUGCAGCUGUACCGUCAAAAUCACUAACGAAGCAAACCCCCCCGCCCCAUGUACCUGCGCCGGGCCGAGCGGCGAACGCGCUUCAUCACCCAUAUCCGCGUCCACAACGGACACCAAGGCCACCAGCUCGUCGGGCGCCCCGAUCUUCUCCCCGACACGCGAGUCGAGGACGUCAGUCGUCACUCAGCGAGUUCCUUUAUUAUCGGGCCGCCCGGACGUGCGGGCCAUCAUCCUCGCCGUUUUGGAACGCGCCGAGGGCGAAAGUGGCGUGGUUGUGUGUGGCCCGCCGGGGCUGAAUGCGGACGCGAGGCGUAGCGUGGUGUCUCUGAGUGACGAGCGUGCGGUGCAUAAAGGAACCGGUGCCCAGGGGAUCUAUCUGCAUGUUGAGGAGUUCAAGAAGUUCUAG